AUGGGAAAGAAAACCAAGGUUGGAAAGCAAAGAAAGGAUAAAUUUUACCAUCUUGCCAAAGAAACAGGUACUAGAUGUCACUUUUUGGUUCUAUUGCCAAUACAGACAUCUAAAAUCAGUUCGCUUUUGUUCAGAAAUGGAAAUAUGUUCAGAAGUUGAAUUCACUGCACACUCUUAUCUCACAAAACUAGUAUUAAGUGUAUUUCGAAUUUGAGCCAAAUUCCUCACAUUUUCUUGUUGAUUUCAAUACAGGUUAUCGUUCUCGGUCAGCUUUCAAGCUCAUCCAGUUGAAUAGAAAAUUUAACUUCUUACAGACUUCAAGAUGUUUGAUCGACCUGUGUGCUGCACCUGGAGGAUGGUAAUAAGCUUAAAACUUCAAGGCAAAAUUUUACUCUUUAGCCGUCCCGAUAUUCUAAAUAUACAUAGGGGAAUUUGAUUAACACUAUAUCUACAAUAGCUUUAGUGAAAAAGGUACAGUUUGUACGAAGUCUAGUAUAUUUUGACCACCAUUUCUCCACCCAACUGUACCACCUGAUCAGCUGGCGCCAGUUGUUUAAAGCUGGAUAGGGCUAUUCACUGGAUAAGUUUCCCUAAUACUGAUCCACUGAAUAGUGAUUUAUCUGGUGGAUAGUACCAUCCAUCUUUUGAACAACUACAUGCAUGUAGGGCCUGAUGAUCUUGGUACGGCUACCUAUCAGCUCACAGAUGGUGAGAAGUGAAAAGUCCUUGUUUAUUGGUAUAAAAUCACCAGACAGUGCUGUUUUAAAAAUAUAUUUGAAAAAAAAAACUAUUGCAAAUUAAAAAAUUGCAGUAGAAUACAAGUAGAACACAUGCACUAAUAUUAGAAGGCUUGCCAUCAUUUUCUAUCAGAUGACUGUUGAUUUUUUUCCCUAUUGUAUACUGUCGGCUAAUAGAUAUCUUGAAACUUCGUCUUUUCAUUGCCUUAUUAAAUAUAAUUAAUUUUGGUUAAAUCAAAUGAUGUUUUUACCGAUUUUCUUCCACUUUUUCCUCAAGGCUCCAAGUUGCUUCAAAAUUUAUGCCUGUGUCAAGUGUAAUAGUAGGUAAGCAGCUGAACUGUAGUAAUCUCUCUAAUAGACCAAUUAUUCCAAUAUAUUAAAAUUCAUACUUGGCUGAGAGGCUUGUGGGAAUAAAACAAAAAAGAAAUCAUCUUGAGACUCAGCAAUGAACAUUUCUUUUGUUUUAUUCCCCCAAGCCUCGAACCAAGCAUGAAUUUUGAUAUAUCAAAAGUGGUCAAUUCAACAACAUGGAAACAAGUGUUUGCAUUACAGAUAUAUUAAUUGCUAUUGGGUGGAGCUGGAUUAAAUGAAGUUAAAUAUCUUCUUGGACAAAACUGGUCAUAAUAGCCCAUAAUAGACUAUAGGGACUAAGGUCAUAGGUUUGACCUUUGUUGGAAAAACUCUUUUUCUUUUUUUGAGUUGCCUGUACAAAGGUCAAGGAAAUUAAUUGUCAUACUACCUUUUUCUAUAUAUAUACUUAAAAUUUAAGUUAUUGAAUUAAGUUAUUAAGUUAAGUUAUUUUUUAUUAUACUAGGCUAGAGGUUUGUUAGUUGAAAGAAACAUCAUCCAUUCCAUGUAUGUAGUGAAAUGCUGGCCAAAAAGUGUAUUUUGGUGCCUGUCGGGAGUAAAUAAACUAUUAAACAAAACAAACAAAAAGGAUGCUUUAUUCAUUAUGCAUUUAUUGUUCUGUAACUAAUUAUAAAUGUGAUUUUAUCUUCAUUUAAAGGUGUUGACUUGGUUUCGAUUAAGCCUAUCCAUAAUGUCAUCACUCUUCAAGAGGAUAUUACCACAGAUAGAUGUAGACAGGUAUUAAAAUGCAUUAUAAUAAUAUCAUAAAUCUAACUUAAUUGUGUAACUGUAAGCUGCUGGUACCAUACAAAUCCAUCAUGGCAGUUUGGCCGAUCUUAAUGCAAAAAUUAAUGUUCUUCUUCUUCAGACUUCCCUUUUUUAGAUCUAGAGACACAAUAACCUGAACAUUCUUUUUACGCUUGGAAAAAUGUUAGAGUAAAGAUUUUUGUUGGAGGCAGUAAAGUAAUGCAGAAGUAAUUAAAGGGGAAGAUGAUGUUGUAUAUAUCAAGCAAGUAGUAUUUCUGAACUUAUUUACAGACAUACUUUGAAAUUAAUUAAGUUUCUUUCCAUUUCCAGCUGAUAAAUAAAGAGCUUCAUACUUGGAAAGCAGACUGUGUGCUUAAUGAUGGUGCCCCAAAUGUUGGCUCAGCAUGGAUACAAGAUGCUUUCACCCAAGGUAUGUUUAUGAAAAAGCCUUUUUUCAAGAAAAAAUUGAAGUAGAUGUUUGAUAUAUAAUCUGCCGCCCCCCCCAACCCCUUAGCAGGAAUCAAACCCAUGACCUUCCAGUUACUGAUUGGACAGUCUCACCACUGAGCUAUGGGUGAUACACACGGUGAGGAGGGCACAGGAUUAGAUGAGAAUGAAUAAAGUACAACCGAGCUUGUGUUGUGGUGGUUUUAAUAUUUAACACAUUACAUUUCAUCUCGAAUUUUUAAGGCUCAAAAAUUCUGUAUGGGAUUUUUUGGUGGUUAAUCUUUGGUCCAGGGAUCAUCCCCAUCACUUGAAAUCCAGAGUACCCCCCUGCCCAGGGCUUUGUCAAGCAUUCAUCCCCCACAUGAGGAACACGUGACGAAGCCCUAAGAACGUAAAUGUCUAGUAUGGGAGGCUACAUGGUUGUACAUGUAUGUACAUUGUAGGCUGUAACGUAUAAAUUGACAAAUUUUUAUAUAUGUGUGGUAACAAAUUUGUGUUCUGGUGUAAUUUUACCCAGCUCAGCUGACCCUCAGUGCUCUCAAGUUAGCUUGUGAUUUCUUGCAAGAAGGGGGAUGGUUUAUUACCAAGGUGAGCUAAUGUAAAAUAAUGUAUAACCUAAUAUUUCUAUCAAGUUAUUCCAUGUGUACAGUACUGUAAUAGUCACUGAUAGCAAGUAUUACCCUUCCUAGAUCUCGGUUUUCAGGUGUAAAUAACUGCUAGUAAAAAACAUUCAGCUGUACAUGUAUGGUCUGUCAAUAGGUAUUUCGGUCUAAAGAUUAUCAGCCACUGCUGUGGGUGUUUCAGCAACUGUUCAAGAAAGUCCACUCUACAAAGCCACAAGCAUCAAGAUCAGAAUCUGCGGAGAUUUUUGUUGUUUGCCAGGUAUGGUACCUUAACAAAAUUUGUGAAAACAAAAUGAUAACAGCUAGUUGACUUUUGACCUUCAGAAUUUGCGUGUUUUUGAAAGGCACAGUAAAGUUGGUGUCAGCCCCCUUAUAAUAUAUUGCUUUGAUUUUUAAAAGGGUUAUAUAGCUCCAGCCAAGAUUGAUCCCAAGUUGUUGGAUCCAAGACACAUCUUCAAAGACGUUGAACCUGAAGGAAAGAAGAAAAUCAGCAUUUUGCAAGUAGAGGUAAAUGUACAUUAUUUAGUUAAUGCAGUUGUACCAAAUUGCCCAUCCCUUUAGUUACAUAACUUGUACAUGUUGGUAUUCUAUCUCAGUUGUAACUACUUCAAUUUUAUAGUACAUGUAUUUUGAGCUGUAAGUAUAUAAAAUAUUUCUUGGCUGAAUUAUUUUGGUCUUUCUGCAUUUUUGUCUGAGUCCACAAAUUAAACUAUGAUGAGGCUGUACAAAAGAAACUUUUUUUUAAAAAAAAAAAUUGUUAGAAUUUUCCAUUAAAUUUUUUUUUUCAAAAAAGGGGGAAAAAGCUGUAUAAUUAAUUUUACAUUCAUUCACUUGAACUGUUAGAUGUGAAUGUUUCAUUUCUUUUUUAUUUAUAAAUUAUUUUUCAGAAACAGAAAAAAGCACGUGCUGAGGGUUAUGAGGAAGGUGACUACACUCUCUUCAGAUCAGCCACAGUUUCUGAGUUUCUUCAAACGCAGCAUCCUUUAGAGGUGCUGAGUGCAGUGAAUGAGGUAUGUUUUUUGUGCAUGUGUUUACAAUAAUAUUAGUUUUGCAAGCAGUUUUGCUUGUAGUAACAUGUAUGUUUGCAUGUACACCUCAUUGUAUGUAAAUAUUUUAUUUCUUUAUUGCUAUUUUUAUAUAUAUUUUAUUCUAAGGAACAAAAUUUUCUUGACAAUGUCCAGAGCAGAAACACAAUCUUUUUGAUAAACUGUGGCACUCAUGUUCCCUUGCUAAAGGUGCCUGGUUAGUGUACAGUGGAGGUACUCCCCUCACUAAGGACGUAAUGGUAGUGGUGGUGGUACCCUUUAUUGAAGGUGUAUGUAUAAUUAUUGUAGGGGUGGUAUGAGUGUACUUUUCUAGAGGUGUCUGUUUAGUUAUGUGUACACAGUGAUUACAGUACCCUUACACUAGGUAUCCAUUCCUUUACUGUUUCUGCCUGUAUAGUGCAGGUAGUGGUGAUGUAUUCCUUUGAUGGAGGUGUCCACAUAUGAUUUAAUUGUUCCUCAUUAGUUGAAAGUGUCCUUUAGCUGACUGUAUUUCUAGUCAAUAACAUCAUGACUUAACUGACAAAUGGCCAAUGAUGUCACAACUUAAUAGGCCAAUCAUGUCAAUAACCAGACCUUAAUAUUUAUUAACCAUCAACUCAUGUGAUACAAAUCACUUUGGCUCUCAAGAUGACUACCACACAGGUAGUCGAAAUGUCAGUCACAGUCAACAACAGUCCUUUUCAGUACUACACUCACUCAGACAAUCAUAUUCCACCUACUUAUGUCUUUUACCUGGUGUAAGAUUUUUUUUGUCUUGAUAAUUUGCUUCUUCAUUUUCAUGACCUUAGAUUAUAUUUGAUGACAAGAAGUAUACAGAACACAAUCUGACAACAGUGGAGGUCAAAGAAGCUUGCAAAGACAUAAAAGUUCUAGGCAAAUCAGAUAUAAAGUGAGUUUAACAAAAUUGUUGUGCAUUUCAAUAGUUUUGACACAUAUAAUGUCCAAAGAGAGCUUAAGGAUAAAAGGUAAUUUAUUUUGUUUCAUAAAAAAUGUGACAUCUCUAGCUGCUUAAUUGACUACGUAAUGAAUACACUGUAUUAUCUUGCAGGUACUGGUAACAUUUUGUUCUCAGUUUGAAACAUUGUGAAACUUGUUUGGUUAUUUUAAUGUAAUGUAACAAAUAGAGAGAUCAGAGGUAUAACAUUUACACUGUACCUUGUUUAAUCAUAUACAGGAAUCUUUUAACUUGGCACAAAGCUUUGCAGAAAGAAUUUUUUGGAGAUGAUUCUAAGGCUGACAGGUUUGUAGACAAAAUGCAAAGAAAAUUCCUUAGAUUUUAUGUGUAUCUAGUUUAUUUUGUGAAAUUAUCUGCUUAUUGUUUCCCUCUUAACCUUUAUCAACAGGGUCCAAGACACUGAAGAAUUCAAAAAGACUGAGGAGGUUAGAUGUAAUGAAUUAAUGUUGGACCACUUCUAUAUGGACAAAUCUUUAUUUAGUACAAACAGUAACAACUGUUGUAUUGGUCCCAAAGAUAACAAAUUUCAUGCUACCCCUACUUCCUGGACAUCUCUGUAUUUGUGGACACUGGUUGCUGACCCUUUAGUGUCACUUUUUUGGCAGAACUUUUGCACAGUGGUAUUUGUGAUGCAAAUUAUAGUUAUUAUAAUAAGCUCAUUGAAUUAGUACCUAACUGGAAUCAGUUUAGGCUUUCACUGGAAAUAAAAUGCAUUAUAGUUUGGCUUUGACUCCAGAUUGCUCCAAACAUAUUCCUGAACAGUCUCCCUUGAAUGUUGACAAUAAUUAUCAUUGCUUUUUAGGAAAGUCUUGAGAAGACCAUUCAAGGGCUAAAAGAAGAAGAAGCCGCACUUAUUAAAAGGUACUAGCAUGUGUAGAUUUUAUUAAUUUUUGUUUCACAUUUUGUGCACUGAGACUGGGUAGUAAUUCUGACACAUUGUUUUGUAUAGAAAUGGGUAUAGCAGUCUCUAAAGAGCAUAUGUUGAACAACCUUGAAAAAGAUAGAAGUAAAAAUAAGAAAAUUAUAACCAGAAGAGAGAAGACAAGAAAUCUGUGUUCACCUUAAUGUUAGGAGAAGUGUCUGAACUGAUAUCCAAACACUGAGGAGUGUAUUGAUUUGCAAAAGAAAUUAACACAGCGGUGAACCAAAAGAACCGUGUGUUAUUUAUCAGUCACAUAAACCUGGGUAACAAUAAAUAUUUAUAAACUGAAAAGUGUUUUUUAACAAGUCGGUGUGUGAGAUAUCUGACAUAGCUCUCCAAAUAAUCACUAUUUCUUGAACAAAUCUUGAUGAUAAUUUACAUCAAGUUCCCUUUCCCUGAUGCAAAUUUAACCUUGUGGAUGCUAUGCCUUGUCCAGAUUUUUUUUUUGUUAUAUCGUAAUCGUUUGUAUUCCUUGUUUCCAGACAAAAGAGGAAAGUUCAGCAACAAAGGCAAAAAUUGCAGGAGAAAAUGAGACUUAAAAUGAUUUUGCCAGGAGAUACAAGAGAAGUGGAGACUGAUAUGGAAGUGUUUUCUCUUGCAAACAUCAAAAGUAAACAGGUAUUAACUGCAAAAGUAACAAUGUAUGUGCGUUAAACAAAAUGCGCAGCGAUGUUCCUCGUGUUUUACAACAAUUGUUAUGGGCACAACUGUCUAAACUAAAGGGCUUUUUUACCUUAUGUUAUUCGAGUGGUAGAAAAUUUCCUUACAUACCAAAUUUUGCAAUCUCUUAGCAUCUUGAGAACGUAGAUGAGGCAAAAACUGAUGAACUGUACUUGGAAGAUGAUAAAGAAGAAAGCAGCGAAGAAUUGGAGAUGCAGUCUGGCUCAGAAGAUGACAAUAGCGAUGAAGAGCUGGGCAACCACGAUGAUAGUGAGGACGAUGAAGAAUUAAAAUUUGACGAAGUUGCAACAAAAUCAAACAGUGAAAACCAACAAAGGUUGUAUUAUCUGAUCACUUAUAUAUACACUGUAUUUAAGCCCUUGCAGUUCCAGGGUAGACCAGAAUAUAGCUCUAAUCUGACCCACUUAAGCGCUAUAUGUGAUCCAAGUCACAUAUAGCCCCUGCUAAGUGGAGACAUUUUGCGAAUUUAAAAAUCAGAACGCCUUACCAUUAGUUACAGAAAUGAAAAAUAAUCUUCCUUAAACUCGGCAGUGUUUAUAGCUUAAUGGCCGUGCAAAAAGCUGGAAGAAAAAAAUUGAAACAAAACGUAAUAAGUUAUGAAGUUGCAGUUGUUAGAAGGCAGACAGAUUGACGUGCAUACAUACAUACACUCUUUACAGGUAGCCAUUACAACACUGAACAAGGAUCACGAGGGUAUCCGUAUAUUAAGAUCUCUCCUUAACUUGACUUGAUCGUCAGUUCUUUUUCAUCGACAGGGAGAAGAAUCCGCUCUUAGUAGAUCUGGAACCUGAGGUUCCGCUCACAGCCAAAGCAAAUAUGUGGUUUGAAAAAGUAAGUUAUUGUUCUACAGUAUCUUAAUUUUUAUGAUUAUUACAACUAAAAUCACGGAUUGUGUGAGUGCCUUGCGGUCCAACUCGCGAAGAAGUAUCUUUUUAGCGCUAAUCAUAUAAUACGGUAUUUUUCAGGAUGUGUUCAAAGGUUUAGAAGACGAAGCGGAUGAAGACCUGGAGAUUUCUCAAAUGGUAGAAGAAUACAAAAAGAAAGGAGGAACUAUUCUAGGUUGGUUACUACCGUUUUUUUCUUCUGUAACGAAGUACCGGUAGGAAAAAAGUUACCAAUUCACUUAAGGAAAACGGCGUUUCGCUUGUGUCGCUAGCCGGAGAGAAGGAAUCUUGGAUAGAAGUCAUCCUUUAUGUGGGCUUAAAUAUCAAUUGCUUUAUUUCUUUUUAAAAUUUUAUUGUGUUUCAACACCAUAUAUGGGUUGAGUUUGUUGUUGACUCCCAUACUUGCUACAAGAGGUUUUCCUCCUGGCUAAGUUGUUCAAAGCUGGGUUAAGAUAACCCAGGGUUAGUGCGAAUUUUGAAUUCAGAAAUAAAUGCUAAAAAGCAAAUUCAGUUUAAUUCUUUUGGUCUGCAUUUUGGUGACUGGAUGCUCCAAAAAGAAAAAGAACCCCGGAUUAAAAUUUAACCCCAGGUUAGCGCUAAUCGUCCUUCAAACAACUGGGUCCUGCAGGUGCUAAGGUUUUCACCUCUCCUCAAUACCCAACAUAUUCAUUUGUUUAUUUUUUUUUUUAUUGUUUUGCCACAGAAAGGAAAUCGGAAUCGACUCCUGCUGAUCAACAAAGAGGAACAAAGCGGGGAGGAAGCAAUAAAACAACCAAAGAUGCGAAAAAAGUUCGCUGGAGAGAUGAUGAAGAGAGCAGUGACGAAGAAGGCGAUAGCACUGUUGAUAGUGAAGAUGAAAUCUCGCUAAAUAAAGCAAAACAAAAGAAAAAAGAAACUCAAAACACCAAACAAAAGGAUUUUGAGGUCGUUCCAAUAGAGGACAACAGUAAGUAUAUUUUUUUGAGUAAAUGUGCCACAAUGUUUUACCCUGUGUAAGGAAAUUGGGAUUCCGGAAUCCGGGAAAUUUUUGCCUGUGGAAUCCAGAAUUGGAGAACAUUUUCUUAUGGAAUCCGAAAUCCUGGACAUUGGAAUCCAGAAGACAGCUCAAGGAAUCCACAAUUCCACUAACAAUGGGAAUCCAGAAUCCAAGUUCUACUGACAAAGACUAGCAUUCAGUACCUGGAAUCUGGAAUCCAUAGCGUGGAAUCCAGAAUCCAAGACUGUCUUAGAUUCCCUAACAUGGGGCGAAAUGUUACGGUAAUCAUUUCAGUUGGAAAUGUCUUUAAAAUAAGUGGCGAUCAUUUACUUAUUUUGUUUCGUUUAACAGGUAAAUAUUUAAAAAACUUGACUCCUGAAACUUUGGCAUUGGGACACAAGAUGGCUUUUUCGCGAAAAAACAAAAGGGAUAUCAUCGACAGUGGUUAUCACAGGUGAUUUAGUUAAUAACAGAGUACACUGGAAACCUGAAUCUUCUAAAUUUUCUAUCGUCGGUCACAAACCACAAAUUACAGGGGCGGAUCCAGGAAUUUUUUAUUGGGGGUUAGGGGUACAAUCUUUGAAUCGGAAAACACUGUUUUACCGGUGUUUAUGGCAAAUUAAUUCAACCCCCAUACUACGGUCUCCCAGCUUGACUAGUUUUUAUCGGUUGAAAGAACGAGGCUAUAGGUCAAGUUGUCGCCAUAUCGACUGUUUUGAGAGGCGAGCAAAUGUUUCUGUUAACGCCGGUCAGAUACCACUGCUUUGCGAGCUGAUACGAGCAGACCAUUAGAGGAUACCCUCCCAGAAUUACAUGUUUGAAUAUGCCUGAAAUUUAAUUGUUCCAAAAUGUACCGCGUGUUUUAAUAAAUUAAAAGGUCAGCCUGUUGAAUCGUGUGAUAAAGGAUCUUAUCGAUGCAUACCCUUUGAGCACAGGUUUGUCUCUUGCAUGGCUUUUACCGUUUACGAAGUCGUUAGCGACGCUUGUCUGUCGCUCGAACGACUUCGUAAACGCUAAAAACCGUGAAAAAGAGAAACGUCUGCUCGUAGGGCAGUCGAUGCAAGAAUUUCAGUGACAAGUAGUAAAAACAACCGCGAAACUGUUGGGGGGGAGGUGGAGUUCCGGAUCCCCCUCCUCUCUACGAAUUGUCAAUGACUAAUUUUGUCUUUAGAUGGGCAUUCAAUGAUGCAAAUCUUCCUGAGUGGUUCGUGGAGGACGAAGCGAAACAUUACCAGAGGCAGCUUCCGGUUUCCAAAGAGAUGGUUGCGGAAUACAGAGCAAGAAUGAAAGAAAUAAACGCCAGACCAGUGAAAAAAGAUCGCAGAAGCAAAAAGCAAGGAAAAACGAAAGGUAAAAAGCUAUUGUUUGUGACGAAACAGGUUAAGUGCAGCGGGACACGAAAACGAGUGUGCGGGAAACCUGACUAGGGGACUGUUUCUUGAAACUGUCGACUUUUGGAACGAAAAAACCCUCUUUUGUGAGCAUGAUACUUUCAACAAUUUGAAUUGAAAAUGAUCCAAAUUGUUUUGAUAAUGAGAUUAUUAAACGAAGCAAGUUCGUGUUUUUCGUGUUUUUACGGGCUCGUAAAGUUAUCGGGGCCAUAAAAGAAAUGCUGAAGUUGUGGAAACUUGGGGCGUUGAAGCGAGGAAGAUAAAAGGGGGACCUCCUCCCACUAAUUAUGAGCUAGAUAAAUUAUGAGGAAAUUUUUAGGAAUACUACACCUGGUUGGGUGAUAAAUGGAAAGGCAAUUCUUGACGAUUCAACAGCUGCAAUGUUAAGAAGAAACGAGUCAGUAGUCGUGGUGAAGAUUACUUGACCGACUAUGUUCAUCACGGCAGCACAAACCCCCAAAAUACACUUAUUCGCAAGAAACCGCUUAUUAUGCCGGUUUUAGGGAUUUGUUAUUGACGUUAUUGCGAUAAACCUAUUUUGUUAGGAGAUGAAACGACUUGA